GUUCGUGGAAUCGGAGUGCUCGUUCGUCCGUUCUCAUCUGAUCUGGUCGGCGUGCAUUUGUGUCCCUGCGAAUUCACAUACGACAGCGUCGGUGAAAAUCAGUGUACUCGGAAGAGUCACAAUAAGGAUGUGGCGAGAUCCUCCAGGCGGAGGGUAUAAGAAACCCAUCCACGUUGCCGCUAUGUUACUGCUAGCUGUUAUCCUGGCAUUGACAACGGUUAUCUCUGCCGAAGAUGCAUCUAUGGGACCGGUGUUUGUCAAGGAACCUCCAAACCGAAUUGAUUUCUCAAAUGGAACUGGAGCCGUUGUCGAAUGUCAGGCAAGAGGAAACCCACAACCAGAUAUCAUCUGGGUUCGUUCUGAUGGAAAUACUGCUGUAGGAGACGUUCCUGGAUUAAGACAGGUUAUGCCGAACGGAAAUUUGGUGUUCCCUCCUUUCCGUGCUGAAGAUUAUCGUCAGGAAGUUCACGCUCAGAUCUACACCUGUUUAGCACGUUCCCCUGCAGGUUCGGUACACAGUCGUGAUGUCAACGUGAGAGCCGUGGUGGCGCAGUAUUACGACACCGACGUCAAUAAAGAAUACGCGAUCCGUGGGAACAGUGCCAUUUUGAAAUGUGUCGUUCCUUCUUUCGUCGCCGAUUUCGUCAAAGUCCUAUCCUGGCAUACGGAUCAGGGAGAGGAAUUCGUGCCUGGCGAUGAUUUUGAUGGAAAAUAUUUGGUGUUGCCAUCCGGAGAGCUGCACAUCAGGGACGUCGGACCCGAAGACGGAUAUAAGACUUACCAAUGCCGCACGAAGCACAGGCUCACUGGUGAAACUAGGCUAUCCGCAACGAAGGGACGUCUCGUCAUUACUGAGCCAAUGGGAGCGAAGGGACCGAAAUUCUCGAGUGACGAUCGCGUCAACUCAUUUAUACGCGCUGCGGGAAGUGCAUCGAGCUUACACUGUCCUGCGCAGGGGUUCCCCGUACCGUCGUUCAGAUGGUAUAAGUUCAUCGAGGGCACAUCAAGGCGUCAGCCGGUUCAACUAAAUGAACGCGUACGUCAGGUCAGCGGCACUCUGAUCAUCCGUGAAGCCCGAGUCGAAGAUUCCGGUAAAUAUCUUUGCAUCGUCAACAAUUCCGUCGGCGGCGAGAGUGUGGAGACCGUUUUGACUGUUACGGCACCGCUGAUCGCGGAAAUAGAGCCUAGCACGCAGACCAUCGACUUUGGAAGACCAGCGACCUUCACUUGUACCGUCCAAGGCAAUCCGAUUAAGACCAUCUCUUGGCUCAAAGAUGGAAAGCCCCUUGGAUUAGAAGAUCGCGUGCUUAGAAUCGAGAGUGUGAAAAAGGAGGACAAGGGAAUGUAUCAAUGCUUCGUUAGAAAUGAUCAGGAAAGUGCGCAAGCAACGGCAGAGUUAAAACUUGGUGGCAGAUUCGAGCCCCCGCAGAUCCGUCAAGCCUUCGCCGAAGAGACUCUUCAACCCGGACCGAGUAUGUUUUUGAAGUGCGUUGCCAGUGGAAAUCCUACCCCCGAAAUUACCUGGGAACUUGAUGGAAAACGGUUGUCGAACACCGAGAGACUGCAAGUGGGACAAUACGUCACGGUCAAUGGUGAUGUCGUGUCGCAUCUGAAUAUUUCGAGCAUUCAUACCAAUGAUGGUGGUCUCUACAAGUGCAUCGCUGCGUCAAAGGUUGGAGCUGCCGAGCAUUCUGCCCGUCUCAACGUUUAUGGUUUACCGUUUAUUCGUCACAUGGACAAGAAGGCUAUCGUUGCUGGAGAAACUUUGCGUGUCACUUGCCCUGUUGCUGGAUACCCGAUCGAAAGUAUCGUUUGGGAACGAGAUACCAGGGUCCUGCCAAUCAACAGAAAGCAAAAGGUCUUCCCUAAUGGCACACUCAUCAUCGAGAAUGUUGAACGAAUGAGCGACCAGGCAACUUAUACUUGCGUGGCACGUAAUGCACAAGGUUACAGCGCACGUGGAACACUGGAAGUUCAAGUCAUGGUUGCUCCGCAAAUACUGCCUUUCGCUUUCGGAGAUGAGCCGGCCAGCUGGGGCGAGCUGGUCUCAAUCACCUGCUCUGUUACGAAGGGCGAUCAGCCUAUUGAAAUAACUUGGACUUUUAACGGAACGCCGAUCGACAGUCGCGACUCUGACGUAGUAGUAGCCAGCACGAAUCGAAAGAACAGUGUCUUAACUAUCGAAUCGGUCGCGGCUCGACACGCUGGCGAUUAUACCUGUACUGCGUCCAAUCGCGUUGGUGCCACGACAUAUACGGCUCAUCUGGCUGUAAACGUACCUCCCCGUUGGAUCCUGGAACCUACCGAUAAGGCAUUUGCUCAAGGUUCCGAUGCACGAGUAGAAUGCAAAGCCGACGGAUUUCCCAAGCCUCAGGUCACAUGGAAGAGAGCUGCUGGGGAUACGCCGGGAGAUUAUACCGAUUUGAAAUUGAGCAACCCUGACAUUAGCGUGGAAGAUGGCACUCUCUCUAUUAACAAUAUACAAAAGACGAAUGAAGGCUAUUACCUUUGUGAGGCUGUUAAUGGAAUUGGAUCAGGCUUAUCAGCUGUCAUUCUUAUUUCGGUUCAAGCUCCUCCGCAGUUUGAAAUUAAACUAAGAAACCAAACCGCUCGUCGUGGAGAACCGGCUGUAUUGCAAUGCGAGGCGCAAGGAGAGAAACCAAUUGGCAUUUUAUGGAACAUGAACAACAAGAGAUUGGAUACGAAGAGCGAUCCUCGUUAUACUAUUCGUGAAGAAAUCUUGGCUAACGGAGUACUGUCCGACUUGAGCAUCAAACGAACCGAAAGGAGCGAUUCUGCCUUGUUCACUUGCGUAGCCACGAAUGCCUUCGGUAGUGAUGACACUAGCAUUAAUAUGAUCGUACAAGAGGUGCCAGAAGUUCCAUAUGGUCUUAAAGUGUUGGAUAAAUCAGGACGUUCGGUGCAAUUAUCAUGGGCCGCACCUUAUGAUGGAAACAGCCCGAUUAAACGAUAUGUUAUUGAAUACAAAAUCAGCAAGGGUUCCUGGGAAACUGAUAUUGAUCGAGUGCUCGUACCUGGCUCGCAACAGAACGUAGCCGGAGUAUAUAAUCUAAGACCCGCGACCACCUAUCACCUUCGAAUCGUCGCUGAAAACGAAAUUGGCACAUCUGAUCCGUCUGACACGGUCACCAUUAUUACCGCAGAAGAAGCACCUACUGGCCCGCCAACUUCCAUCAAGGUGGAUGCUCUCGAUCAGCACACGCUCAAGGUAACGUGGAAACCGCCUCCACGCGAGGACUGGAACGGUGAAAUUCUGGGCUACUACGUUGGAUACAGACAAUCGUCGGACAAGCCGUACAUGUUUGAGACUGUUGAUUUCUCUAAGGAAGACACAAAGGAGCAUCACUUGCAGAUCGCGAACCUCAAGACUUACACCCAGUACGGCGUGGUCGUUCAAGCAUUUAACAAAGUCGGUUCCGGACCAAUGAGCGAGGAACGCAGGCAACACACCGCAGAAGGCGUGCCCGAGCAACCGCCCCAUGACACUACUUGCACAACUCUUACUUCUCAGACUAUUAGAGUGUCCUGGGUGUCACCGCCACUCAGCGCGGCCAACGGCGUUAUCACCGGUUACAAAGUCAUCUAUGGGCCGUCCGAUACGUGGUAUGACGAGAAUACGAAAGACACCAAGAUCACGUCUUCUAGCGAGACCAUCCUGCACGGUCUCAAGAAAUAUACCAACUACAGCAUGCAAGUUCUGGCUUUCACAUCUGGAGGAGACGGCGUUAAGUCUGCACCAAUUCACUGCCAAACUGAGCAAGAUGCACCUGAAGCUCCUAUUGCUAUCAAAGCUUUAGUCAUGUCUUCGGAAUCCAUUCUUAUCUCAUGGCGUCCGCCCAGUCAACCUAAUGGAGUUAUUUCUCAGUAUACUGUUUACACGAAAGCGGACAAUGCAGAGGAGCCAACCAGUCAGAAAGUACCACCAAAUCAACUAACUCACGAAGCAUCUGGAUUAGACAAGCAACAAAGAUAUGAAUUUUGGGUGACCGCUAGCACGAAUAUUGGUGAAGGUGAAGCUUCUAAGAUUGUGACUUUGGGACCAAGUGUUCGAGUACCGGCCAAAAUUGCAUCGUUCGAUGAUAAGUUCACUGCGACAUACAAAGAGGACGUUAAACUGCCGUGUCUCACUGUCGGCGUACCCGCACCGGAAGUAACAUGGAAGGUACGAGGCGCUAAUCUUCAAUCGACCGAACGAUUGAAACAAUUACCUGAGGGAUCGCUAUUCAUCAAGGAAGUCGACCGCGCGGACGCUGGAGAAUAUUCUUGUUACGUGGAAAACUCUUUUGGACAUGAUACCGUGACUCAUCAGCUGGUUGUACACGCUCCUCCGCACUCACCGCAAGUUACCCUUACCGCCACCACCACCAACUCUUUGACGAUGAAAUUACGCCCGCAUCCUACGGACAAUGCACCGAUUCACGGCUAUACGAUUCACUACAAACCCGAGUUCGGCGAUUGGGAAACCGUUCAGAUUAGCUCCACAGCACAGAAAUAUACACUCGAGAAUCUGUGGUGCGGCUCCCGAUAUCAGAUUUAUGUCACCGCUUAUAACGGAAUUGGAAUCGGCGAUCCUUCGGACAUUCUAAACACGCGCACAAAGGGCUCCAAACCAAUCAUCCCCGAAGCAGCGAAAUUUAUCGAGGUAUCCACAAAUAGCAUCUCUUUGCAUUUGAGCACCUGGUCAGAUGGUGGUUGCCCCAUGUUGUACUUCGUUGUUGAACACAAGAAGAAGCAAUCCUAGGAAUGGAACCAGGUCUCGAACAACGUCAAACCGGGCGGUAACUUCGUAGUAUUGGAUCUGGACCCCGCUAGCUGGUACCAUUUGCGUGUUACGGCUCACAAUAAUGCCGGUUUCGCCGUGGCCGAGUAUGAAUUCGCGACUUUGACGGUGACUGGUGGCACCAUUGCACCGGCCCGCGAGCUGCCGGACGUGAACGGUGGUGGCAACGACGAAGACCCAAUGAAAAUUUUCAUGGCUAACUUAAAUCUGGUCGUACCUGUGGUAGCAGCCAUACUCGUAAUAAUCGUUGCCGUCAUUGUGAUCUGCAUUCUCAGGGGGAAGGGUCACAAUAGCGAUAAAGACGACGUAGUCUACCAGCAAACCGGAGUUGGCGGCGCUACCUUGGACAAACGCAGAUCCGAUCUUCGCGAUGAACUGGGAUACAUCGCACCCCCGAAUCGCAAGCUUCCACCUGUACCCGGCUCAAACUAUAACACCUGCGAUCGUAUCAAGCGAGGUACAGUUAUAAGUGGGACUAGCUCGUUAAGGAGUCACUCGACGUGGGAUCCGAGGCGACACAUGUAUGAGGAAUUGAGUCACUACGCGCCUAACAGGAGAUGCCCACCACCACCACGUAUGGGCAGCGCGGAUGGUCUUUCGCACAGAGGUAUGGAGGAUGAGAUCUGCCCGUAUGCUACGUUCCAUUUAUUGGGAUUCCGCGAGGAAAUGGAUCCGAGCAAAGCUAUGCAAUUCCAGACCUUCCCCCAUCCAGGAAAUGGCCAUUCUGGCACUAUGGGACCACCCGUAGGACAUCCGACUAAUGCUUCUGCUCAUAGCCGCUCUGGAUCUCAAUCUAUGCCUCGUCAAAACGGUCGCUACUCUCGAGUACCAUCCCAAGGAGGUGGCAGCGGCACGCACAAUGUCUUUUCACCCGAAUAUGACGAUCCGGCUAACUGCGCUCCCGAGGAAGACCAAUACGGAUCACAGUACGGACAAUACGGCGCACCUUACGAUCAUUACGGAUCUCGCGGAUCGGUCGGACGUCGUAGUGUAGGCUCGGCUCGCAACCUUCCCAUCUCUGGCUCGCCGGAACCACCCCCACCACCACCGAGAAACCACCAGGAUCAGAAUAACUCCAGCUUCAACGACAGCAAGGAGAGCAACGAGAUCAGCGAGGCCGAGUGUGAUCGCGAUCAGCUUGUCAACCGCAACUACGGCGUGAAUGCUCGCGGCAAGGACGGCAUGACCACCGAGGAGAUGCGUAAACUCAUAGAGAGGAAGCCAAACGAAGCUUCCGGCCGGCAAACCGGCGGCCCCCACGGCGGUCACGGGGGACUCCUCACACCCUACGAUACUGUGGCAGUGUAACCUGUAAAUCGUCAUCUUCCGUGGUCUUCCGCCUCUCUCGAUAGCCGGCGGCCGCGAGGAAAGCAGCCGAGAGACGCGGAAAUGAAGCGCACGCUAACUCUUCCCCCGGUGCUGUCGUCGGUCCAAUUUGCAACGAUUUACGAUAGAAAUUAGAGACGUCGUCGCGAGUAGAUAGAUUCGAUUACCGUGUAAGGUGUACGCGUAUUGAUAUCAUCUCGAGAUCAUGAUUACGGACGAGGAUUCUGCAGCCCGCCUCGCGAAAUGGGACCGCCUCCUUCGCUCUUGCGACCAUAUCACGCGACUUUUCACUUUCUCUCGCUCACGGCCUUCCGCUCUUUCAUUGUACUUCCUCGGGUACGUUCGUUUAUAUUUGAUCCUGGGGGAAGGCCAACUUGAAACUGCCUUGUUUUUGAUAAAUUUUUGGAUCGGUUUAGUCGAUUACAUUCGAGAAGGCCAGACUCAAGACUGUCUGUAUCUACUGCCCUUACUGCGAAGGAGGCACAACGAUUCGUGAGGUCAGCCACGAACUUCGUUCGUAACUUUUUUACGAGUUCUGGAACUCCUCGCGCACGUUCGAUUCGACAUCCUCUGAAAUUUUUUUUAUACUGACGACUGAAGAAAAUGACCUGCGUUUUGAUACGUGUCUUUCUCGAUGACGUGCGAUCAAACUCAAUGAUUUGUGAAUGUACCUAUACUCGACGACACGAACUUAUUUUAAUAACUAUCUAUCUCUGCACACACACACGCGCGCGCGCACACACACACACACACA